GCAGGAAGCACUGUAGUAAUGUGCAGGAGUUAAUCUUUACCCACAGCCAGGUGACCUGAAGGCAGCACGAAAAAGCUACAUGGAGGCUAACUGAGCCGGACCGGACCAAUCAGAGACCAGAGACACUGCGCUACAUUGUCACCAGGAUGCCAGCCGGAGUGUGUGGCUGCUGUGGGCCGCUGAGGCCGAGGUACAAACGCCUGGUGGACAACAUCUUCCCCGAGGACCCAAAAGAUGGCCUCAGUAAAUCAGACAUGGAGAAGUUGACCUUCUACGCCGUGUCGGCUCCAGAGAAGCUGGACAGGAUCGGAGCUUACCUCGCCGAGAGGCUGAGCAGAGAUGUGGUGCGGCACCGCUACGGGAAUGUGGUGAUCGCCAUGGAGGCUCUGGACCAGCUGCUGAUGGCCUGUCACUCUCAGAGCAUCAAACCCUUCGUGGAGAGUUUCCUUCAAAUGGUGGCCAAGCUGCUGGAGUCCAGAGAACCGGACCUGCAGGUCCUGGGGACCAACUCGUUCGUGAAGUUCGCCAACAUUGAGGAGGACACGCCGUCUUACCACCGACGCUACGACUUCUUUGUGUCCCAGUUCAGCGCCAUGUGCCACUCCACUCACGAAGAUCCAGAGACCAGAACCAGGAUCCGUGUGGCCGGGAUCAAAGGUCUGCAGGGCGUCGUGAGGAAGACGGUGAACGACGAGCUGCAGGCCAUCAUCUGGGAGCCUCAGCACAUGGACAAACUGAUCCCCUCCAUGCUGUUCAACAUGCAGGACAGCGAAGACCUGGACAGGGCGGGGCACCCCAGCACACCGUCGGUGGCGGGUCAGGAUGGCGAGGAGAACCCGGCGGCGCUGGCGGAGAGCUGCUUCAGGGAGCUGCUGGGCCGGGCGGCCUACGGAAACAUGAACAACGCCGUGCGACCCGUGUUGGUCCACCUGGACAACCACCACCUGUGGGACCCCAACGAGUUUGCAGUUUCCUGCUUCAGAAUCACCAUGUACUCCAUCCAGGCUCAGCACUCCCACCACGUCAUCCAGCAGGUUCUGAACCACCUGGACUAUCACAACAAGAACACGCCGCGGGUCAGAGCCGGCAUCGUCCAGGUCCUGCUGGAGACGGUGGCCAUCGCCGCCAAGGGCUCAGUGGGUCCCACUGUGCUGGAGGUGUUCAACACUCUGCUCAAACACCUGAGGAUGAGCGUGGACUUUGAGCUGGGUGAGAGCUCCAGGAGGAACUCCAGCACCAGCGUGUCGUCCGGCCGCGGCAAAGAGAGCGAGGAGCGGAUCGUCCAGAACGCCAUCAUCCAGACCAUCGGCUUUUUCGGUGGAAACCUUCCAGACUACCAGAGAGCCGAAGUCAUGAUGUUCGUCAUGGGGAAGGUACCGGUGUACGGGACGCCAUGCCACACCCUGGACACCGUGAAGAUAGGGCAUCAGGGCACCAAGCGGAUCCAGACCAUGCUGCUCAGCUCCCUCAUCAUGGUAACCUCUGGCUUUAAGUCCAAGUCCAUGGCAGCUGCAUUACCUCCUCCCUUCCUGGAUCCGCUCUUCUCCAUCUCUCUGAUGGAGGACAGCGAGCUGAGGCAGCUGGUGCUCGAGAUCCUGCACAACAUCAUCGAUCGCCAUGACAACCGCGCCAAGCUACGGGGCAUCAGAAUCAUUCCUAAUGUUGCAGCAUUGAAGAUCAAAAGAGAGAAGAUUUCCAAGCAAGACGUUGCGUUCAUGAAGAAGCACGGCCAGCAGCUCUACCGUCACAUCUAUCUGGGCUGUAAAGAAGAGGAUAACGUCCACAAAAACUUUGAGCUGCUCUUCACCACCCUGGCAAUUCUGACCAUCGAGCUGGCCAACGAGGAAGUGGUCAUCGACCUCAUCCGGCUCUCCAUCGCCCUACAGGACAUGGCUCUGGCUAACGAGGAGAACAUGCCGAUGGUAAUCCGCUGUGGCAUCAUGGCGUUGGUGGCGGCGUACCUCAACUUCCUGAGCCAGAUGAUCGCAAACCCUCCGUUCUGUCAGCACGUCAGCAAGGUUAUUGAGCUGAGGAACAUGGAUGCUCCGUACCUCCUCCCAGAGCACAUCUUCAGAGACAAGUGUCCACUCCCUGAAUCUCUGGACAAAGAGGACAGACUGCUGUACUUCCAGACAGCCGACAUGGCGGAGUGUCUGGCAGGACCGGGAUACAACGCAGAGAGACUCUCCAUUCCAUACGUUCCCCAGGUCACAGAUCUAGAUCGUCUGAGCAGGAGGAAGAGUUUCGUGGACACAAUCUCCCUUCAAGUGGACAUCGUGUCCAACAUACUUCCAGACAAGUCUCAGCUAGCUGAGGAGAUCACGUUCGAGACCCUGAAGAAGGCCAUCGACACCACCGGUCUGGAGGAGCAGGAGAGGGAGAAGAGGCGUCAGGUGAUGGAGAAGUUCCAGAAAGCUCCGUUUGAGGAGAUCGCUGCACACUGCGAGUCUAAGGCCAACAUGUUGCACGACCGGCUGGCACAGAUCUUCGAACUUACAAUUAGGCCUCCGCCCAGCCCGUCCGGAGUGGUCUCCAUCUCAUCGGGUCACACUCAGCACCAGUCCGUCCCCGUCUACGAGAUGAAGUUCCCAGACCUGUGUGUCUACUGAUCACGCCUCCACAAAAACUGCUGAAAUUUAAAUAGCUUAGAAUGAACUACUCAAUCACAAUCUGUACGAUAGUUUUGCUCUAUUCAGAGCAGCAUAAAGGUGUCACACAAAAUGCAGCAAAAUCAGCCAUUAACAAUUUUAUAUGAAGACAAAUUGUAAAAGACGUAACUUCCUUAAUCUCACGUACUCUAACUCUUCUCCAAAUCCAAACCUGAACAUCGGCCACAGGGUGAAAACGGUACAUCUGAAUCCAAAAGUUUCAUUCAUUACUAUAAACCUUUUUUUUUUGCUCUUUUUAAAAAUACUUAAUUGAUUUAAAAGCAGGCGAGUUGUAACCCCACCAGCUCUAAAUGAACUGAUAUGCUGCACUUUUUUCCCUGACUCAAAUCCCCCGAACUAAACUAAACCAAUGAGUCAACAAGAACAAAAAGAAUAGAACAGCUUCCACUCUAAUUUCAGUAUAUUUACAUUGAAUCGGAUGUUGCUUCCCAGCAUGCAUCUGAUCCAAUAUCACCGCUGGUCUAGCUAGAGCUUCACACCUUGUACAUACGCCGUAGUCUAAAAUUAAACUCU